AUGGAUGUUGCCGCUUUACGAGACCGCAUACAGUCUACCCUCGACCCCAAUGCGGACAAUCGACGCCAAGCUGAAUUGGAUUUGAAAUAUGCCGAGACGCAACCUGGAUUCAUAAAUGCGCUCUUGGAUAUUUUGCAGGGGGAACAGAACAAUGCCGUCCAACUGUCGGCCGGUGUUUACCUGAAGAACCGCAUCAACCGUGGUUGGUCCCCUGUCGAAGAAAGUCCGCUGCGCACACCGAUUCCCGAGGAGGAGAAACCGGGGUUCCGUGAGAGGCUGAUUCCCGCCCUGGCAUCCACGCCGCCGAAUGUUCGGGCUCAACUGGUUCCUCUUCUUCAGAAAAUCCUUCAGCAUGAUUUCCCCGAGCAGUGGCCCGGUUUCCUGGACAUCACUCUCCAGUUGCUGGGCAUGAACGAUGCCAACUCCGUCUACGCUGGUUUGCAGUGCCUGCUGGCCAUCUGCCGUGUAUACCGAUUCAAGGCCGGAGAGAAGAGGGAGGAAUUCGAUAAGAUCGUCGAGCACUCGUUCCCUCAGCUGUUGAACAUCGGUCUGAAGCUUGUCGAUGAGGAAAGUCUGGAGGCGGCGGAAAUGCUCCGCAUCGUGGUCAAGUCCUACAAGCAUGCUAUCUACGUGGGUGAACCAAGAAGAGAUGAGAGGUUUUCAAUUCGGUUCGAACUCUCGCCGCAUCUCCAAACACAACAAGCGACGGUGGAUUGGUGCACGCUCUUCCUGCGUAUCAUCGCUAAGGAGCCUCCUGCCAGCGCUAUGAACGAGUCGAAGGAGGAGAGAGAGCUCAACCACUGGUGGAAGUGCAAGAAGUGGUCGUAUGCCAACCUGAACCGUCUCUUUAUCAGGUACGGAAACCCUACGACGAUGAGCAAGUCGAGCACUCCCGACUACACCCAGUACGGCAAGGCUUUCAUCACUACUUUCGCCCCCGAAAUUCUCAAGGGAUACCUGCAGGAAAUCGACAAGUGGGUGUCCAAGGGACAGUGGCUCAGCAACCCCGCGCUUGCUUACACCAUGAUCUUCCUCGAGGAGUGUGUCAAGCCGAAGGCUAUGUGGGAGCACCUGAAGCCUCACAUGGACAACUUGAUCGCUCACUUCAUCUUCCCCAUCCUGUGCCAGUCCGAUGAAGACAUUGAAUUGUUCGAGACCGAUCCCUCCGAGUACCUUCACCGCAAGUUGAACUUCUACGAGGAAGUUUCGGCCCCCGACGUUGCCGCUACCAACUUCCUGGUGGCCCUCACCAAGAACCGCAAGAAGCAAACCUUCUCCAUCCUUACGUUCGUUAACAGCGUCGUCAGCAAGUACGAGUCUGCUCCCGAUGACCAGAAGCUGCCCAGAGAGAAGGAGGGUGCUCUGCGCAUGAUUGGUUCCCUGGCUUCUGUCAUCCUUGGCAAGAAGAGCCCCAUCGCGGAUCAGGUGGAAUAUUUCUUCGUCCGCCAUGUUUUCCCCGAGUUCCGCAGUCCCCACGGUUUCCUCAGGGCUCGUGCCUGUGACACUCUGGAGAAGUUCGAAGCUCUGGACUUCCAGGAUCCCAACAAUCUGAUGAUCAUCUACCGCAACAUCCUCGAGUCUAUGACUGACUCCGAACUGCCUGUCAGAGUCGAGGCCGCGCUCGCUCUGCAGCCCCUCAUUCGCCACGAUAUUAUCAGGACUUCCAUGCAGCAGAACAUUCCCCAGAUCAUGCAGCAGCUGCUCAAGCUCGCAAACGAGGUUGAUGUGGAUGCUCUCGCCAAUGUGAUGGAGGACUUUGUCGAGGUCUUCUCCGCCGAACUCACUCCCUUCGCUGUGGCACUCAGCGAGCAGCUUCGUGACACCUACAUGCGUAUCGUCGGCGAGCUCUUGGAGCGCAAUGCGGCCAAGGGUGACGAGGAUGCGUACGGCGAUUUCUUGGAUGACAAGAGCAUCACCGCUCUGGGUGUCUUGCAAACGAUCGGAACCCUGAUCCUGACCCUGGAGAGCACACCCGAUGUCCUUCUCCACCUCGAGACGAUCCUCAUGCCUGUUAUCAGCAUCACUCUUGAGAACAAGCUCUAUGACCUUUACAAUGAGGUCUUUGAGAUCAUCGACAGCUGCACUUUCGCUUCCAAGUCCAUCUCUCCCACGAUGUGGCAGGCCUUUGAGCUCAUCCACAAGACCUUCAAGGCUGGCGCUGAGCUGUACCUGGAAGACAUGCUUCCCGCCCUGGACAACUAUGUUGCCUACGGCUCGCAAACGAUGGUCCAGACUCCUGCUUACCUUGCUGCUGUUGUCAGCAUGGUUGAGGACAUCUUCCAAGAUGAGAAGGUCGGCGGUGUCGAUCGGAUUUGCGGCUGCAAGCUCGCAGAGACGCUGAUGCUGAACCUCCGCGGUGGUAUCGAUCAAUACAUCCCCGUUUUCAUUGAGCUGGCGAUGCGCGUCAUCGACGCCGGCGAGGCCCGGACGAAGUCUUACCGCAUCCACUUGAUGGAGAUGGUCAUCAACGCCAUCUACUACAACCCCGUUCUCAGUCUUCAGGUUCUGGAAGCCAAGGGCUGGACGAACAAGUUCUUCAGCACUUGGUUCUCCAACAUCGACAACUUCCGCAGAGUCCACGACAAGAAGCUGUCGAUUGCCGCGAUCAGCUCUUUGUUGACCUUGAAUGCCAAUGAUGUCCCGGCUAGCGUUCAGCAAGGCUGGCCCAGAUUGCUCCAGGGAGUGACCAGGCUCUUCCAGACCCUGCCGGCGGCCAUUAAGCAUCGUGAGGAUGCUACCAAGGAGUCGGACUUCACCUUCGAUGAGGAAGAGGACGAAGGUGAUGAGGAGAACGACUGGGAUGGCGAGGUUGAGUGGACCGAGCAGGAUGAGGCUGAGGCGCUCUUGGAGGGUGAUGUCCCUGAUGACAGUGCCGCUUACCUUGACUUCCUGAACAAGGAGGCCCAGAAGUUCGGCUCUUUUGCCGAUGAAGACGAGGAUGACCUUGAUGAGGAGAGCCUGCUGGAGACCCCUCUGGACAAGGUUGAGCCUUAUGGCAUGUUCAAGCACGUUCUUAUGAGUACGUCCAUGUUCGACUAUUUGAAGUGUACGGCCACUGACAAUGAAAUAGGCCUCCAACAAGAACAGCCCCAGCUCUACGAAAACCUUGCGAAGAUCCUGAGCCAAGAGGAACAGCAAGUCCUCCAGUCCGUGUUCCACGAGGCUGAAGCGAAGGCUUUGGCGGCGGCCAACGCCGAGGCGGCUGGUGUCCAGACCAAUGGGAACUAG